AUGGGUACUGCAGGCACUGUCACUUCUGGAAUCACAGUUACUGUCGUAUCUGGCACUGCAGGCUCUGUCCUUAUCACCAUCUUCACUACUUCCACUUAUGACGGAAGCAGUUUUGCCUGGAAUGCCCUCUCAGCACUUGAAUGGUCAUCGUUGCUACUGUCCCCUAGCUGCAGAGACGGCUUCGUUGCUUUCAUGUCGCUCCUAUUGAGGUCCAUGAUGAACUCUUCCUGCAGUGUCCCCAAACCACAAGUCAUGCUACAGUUACAAGGCAUGGACUACUCGCUGUUCGGCUACAACAGUCUCAAGGGAUGCCCUCUGACCUCAGGACGUGACCCGGGCUUUACUCUCCCCAUCUUUUCUGGUGAGUUUCACGUGACCCCAGACUUUCGCUAUAGCGUGCCACGUGGCGUGCUUCUGUCCCACGAUGUGUCAUGUGACACGUCGUUUACGUCGAAGGUGGUGGAGACGCCGUACGACCUGACCACGCUGCUGACUGGCACCGCGCGACUCGGUGCUGAUAAGUGGGGGCCUCCCUUCUCGGCCAGCAAACACUUUCACAAACUGUCCGCGCAACUCACACAACACGUCUUGGUCGUUUCCACAGCUGUCUGCAGUUUGUAUGACCUGACACUUCUGCUCUCGGAACCGCCAUCUUUUCAUCCGUCGUUCUUGGACUGGAUCGAUCAACUCAACAACACUGACAACGACGACAAGUACCUUGAGUUCCUUGACACCUACGGCACACACUUCAUGUCACGGGCCCGCUUGGGGGCUUCCAGAACGAUCAUCUACAAGAUGGACGAUAACGUUUACAGACUUCUAACAGAGGAUCACGUGACGUCAGCUGCCAGCUACUCUGCUCCUGCGCUUUUUGGAUACCAUGAGACCUUGACCUCUGAUCAGCAAAAAGCAAUAGCAGAGUUUCGAAAUCAUGAGACAACAACGUUUGAUGUCGGUUCUCUUUUCAGAGACCUUCAUUGGUGCCGCAAGUCCUACAGGGGUUAUGGCAUUGACCACGACAGGAUCAAGAAGAACAUCAUGGCUGUCAAGACCAAAUACUGUCGGAGUUUAAAGAGGAAAGACCUGUUAGUUGACUGUAGAGAUACCGGUAGGACACUGCUUUCUACAAAGUUGAUUGGUAACACGAAAUAUGGAGCUGCCGAGUCCGCUGACCAGUGUCUUGAGGAAUGUUAUCAACUUGCAGGCUGCGUGGCUGUGAGUUUUUGUCCUUUGUGUACGAGGGACAACAUAGGCAGCAAGUGUCAAGUGUUUAGUGCUGGCGACAUCCACAGGGCAGUCACCGACCGUCAGUGGCAGACGAUCAUGUUAGUUGACAAACUGGAGACAUUUGUAAAGUUGCACAACACCACGGUUGUUGUCAACUCUAGUUCUCUGUCUGACGUCCCUCCUGUCAACUCUAGUUCUCUGUCUGAAGUCCCUCCUGUCACCUCCGUACAGGACUGCUACUCAUCUUGUAUUCAAGAUACCGAGUGUGUGGCCUUCACCUUGACUGACACUUCAGGUUCAUUAAUUAAAUGCACGCGCCACACAGACUCACCUCUGUCCUUGACACAGGGAACAGGUGUCAGCGUGUACUUCGUCUCACCACUGGUAAAAAAAAUUGUCAGAAGUGGACAGACGAGAGGCCUUGCUCCCUCCUCCAUGCUGAACGACUGGUACAAGGCCGCCUGUGUCAUCGACGACGAGUGUCGUCAGGAACACUCCAUGUGCUUUAUGAACAGGUGCCGCUGUCGACCUGGGUUCUUCUUCUCAACUCGUGACUACACGUGCUCUGAGACAUGUAGUCCAGCCCACCUGCACAACACCUUCAUGGAGUAUCCUGAGAGCGGACUGAGGGGACACAAUAUGGUGGCACGGGAUGGAGUCAGUUUGCAGACGUGCAGCGACCUGUGUGUCAGCAUCAGAGGUUGUCUGUCCUUUGACUUCAGAGUCACAGGAGGGCGCUGUCUGCUUCAUGACGUCACCGCACGUGACGCUCAGUCAGGAUGGUAUCCUCACACCAGUACAGGGUGGACCCACUACCAGAGAAGCUGCCUGCAGUCUCCCGUCUCAUACCCAGGACCAGAGUGGUACAACGCACCCUGCAACAGCCGCGCGGAAUGUCCUGAGCCUAACAGUCGGUGUGUGUCGGGUAGAUGUUUGUGUAUUGACGGCUUUGUUUACAUGGAAACUGACUCCUCCUGUCGUGCUGCAGAGUCAUGUCGGGCCUGGAAGACAGCAGGAGGCAAGUCAGGUGUCUACUCCAUUCAACUGCCAGAAACGAGAGAGAUUCUCAAAGUCUGGUGUGACAUGGACUCUGGCAAUAGCGGCUGGCUGGUGUUCCAGAGACGCCGUGACGGCUCCGUUGACUUCUACAGGAACUGGACACAGUAUGAACAGGGCUUUGGUGACAUCACCGGGGAGUUCUGGCUGGGUUUAUCAAGGCUUCACACCCUGACCAAAGGGAGACCCACCCGACUGCGUGUAGACCUCGCAGAUGUGGAUGGAAAUCGUCACUACGCUGAGUACACGACAUUCAGUGUGGACGGUCCUGAGACAAACUACACACUGACCGUGUCCGGCUACUCGGGUAACGCGGGUGACAGCUUGCAGUAUCACAACAACCAGAGUUUUUCAACCUAUGAUCGAGACAAUGACAAGUCCCCUAUCAACCGGGCCGCUGACUUUCACGGAGCCUGGUGGUACAAAGACUCGUACCUUUCUCACCUCAACGGCCGAUACAAGGCUGACGGGGCUAAGACUGGUGACGGCAUCAACUGGUUUCACACCCACAGAGACUAUAGGAGCUUCACCUUCAGCGAGAUGAAAGUGCAACCUGUGUAACAUCGCCUUGUCUCCUGUACUCUCACUGCUUACACCCUCAGUCUACUCUACACCACACGUGACACUCGUUA